GUGCAGUAGCAGUCCAGUGGAGGUAGGAGAACCUCUGCUUGCGAGAUGGCACCAAAGAAGGAUAAGAGGAAGUGCCCCAGGAAGCCCAGAUUCCAAGAAGGCGAUCGUGUACUGUGUUUCCACGGGCCUUUUCUGUACAAAGCUGAAUGUAUGAAGGUGUCUGUAAAAUACCGCAAGGUAAAAUAUCAGGUCCGUUACUUUGGGGUUAAAGAACGGAAUGCCCUGAAGCCAGGCACCAGUAAUGACAAGGAUAACGCCAUCGCACUUCCUGCCGAAGGCAGUGAUGCCGGUGUUGUCUUUCAAAAGCGCCCCAUCCCCCAAGCUGACUGGGAGGAGGAAUGGCUUCCACAAAGUAAAUUGCUCAAAUACAACCAAGCCAAUCUUCGGAAAUUGCGAGAGCUUAACCGAAAGCAGUCUCAGACCGCAACUGGGACUGUGACCAGGUCUUCUCCUAGAGAAAAGGUUCCUCCUGCCCCGAGGAAAAAUGCCAGAACCUCUACUGUACGAAUGCAAAAUGCCAAAAAUAACGCAAAGAAAGCUCCUCCCCCAGUUGGAGAGGCCCAAACUACCAGUGUUAAAACUGGCCGGAAAAGAGGGCGUCCGCCAGGAAGUAAGAGUAAGGGCCAGACCUCAGUGCCAAGGAAAAGAAAGGCCCCACCCAACUCUGCUGCUGCUGAUAGUGACAGUGACUGUGAACUGAAUCGUAGAUUCCUGAGAAACCCGCAAAGCAGAGUGCGUAUCCCUGAGGUCCUGAAACCUCUGCUUAUGGAUGACUGGGACUUGAUUGUUAAACAAAACCAGCUGUUCCGGCUCCCCGCGAGGAAGACUGCCGCGUCAAUUCUGGAGGACUAUGAACAGUCUGAGAAAACCACUGAGAAUGCAGAUGAGAAGUGGUUGCAGGAUGUUAGUGAAGUGGUGUCAGGGAUCAAAGCCUAUUUCAAUGUCAUGCUGGGCUCUCAACUGCUGUACAAAUUCGAGAGACCCCAAUAUGCUGAAAUCUUGGCUACUCAGCCUGGUGUCUCCAUGUCCCAUAUUUAUGGAGCACCCCACCUUUUGAGAUUAUUUGUGAAAUUUGAAGAGAUGCUGACCCAUACUCCUCUGGAGGAGCCAAGUUUGGCUCUGUUGUUGCAGCAUCUGCAUAGUUUCUUGGCUUACUUAGAAAAGAAAUUUUCAGAUUUGUUCAAUUUCAAUGAAUAUGAUGUGGCGCCUCCUGAGUAUUUUCGCAAAGCUUUUUAAGAGGCUGAUGGUAUUUGUAGAAGAUAA